CCCAUCGUGCCCGACCCUGGGAGCGAGGAGACGGUGCGAGUCGUUGCCCUGGACAAGAACUUCCACCUCAAGUGCUAUCGCUGUGAGGACUGCGCCCGCCCCCUCUCCAUUGAGGCGGACUCGGAUGGCUGUUACCCAUUGGACGGCCGGAUCCUCUGCCUUAAGUGCCACACCCACCGAGCCAAGCAAGCUGCCAACUGAUUGGCCGAGGCCCCUGUCCAUCAAUGGGGGUUGCUCCUGGAUACCUUUGCUCCCCAGCUACAGACUCUUGCUUACAGCCAAGUCCUGCAGUGUUACACAGAGGAUUCGAGGUGCGCGGUGGGCCAGGGCUCGACUCUGGCGGCUCUCCCUGGCCGUGCUGCUGUUGACCCUCCUUGCCCUGGUCCUGGGGCUGGGCAUCCUUUUCCACGGCGACGGCAGCUGCUCGGCGCCCGCCCAGGACAGCCCAGGUCUUUCCUGUCUCUCCCCGGCCUGCCUGUCGGUCACAGCUCACCUCUCCUCUUCCCUCGAUCCUUAUGCUGAUCAGUGCCAGGACUUCUUCCAGUUCGCCUGCGGGGCGCGCCUCCGGGAGCCAGCCACCGGGGGGCGCCAGAGGGGGAGGAACAGGCAGCUGCAGCCCGGCCGGCCGGCCAGCUCACCCGAGCAGAGGGGAAACGCCCGGCAGAGGAUGCUGAGGGACAUUCUGGAGUCCCCGAAGGGCUCGGGCGCCGCGGACUCGGCGGAGGAGAAGGCGGGGAGGUUCUACCGGUCCUGCAUGGACACGGCCCGCAUCACGGACCUGGGGGCGCAGCCGGCGCUGGAGCUCAUCGAACAGCUGGGUGGCUGGCCAGUCUCUGGGGUGUGGAAGCGCUCGGAUUUCAACGCCACCCUGAGAUCUCUGAUGCGAGACUACUCCACAUUCCCUUUCUUCAGCGUCUACAUUGGGAGGGACCCACAGGACCUCAGCCCUAACAGCACCGCGAAAUACAUCCAGAUCGAUCAGCCCGACUUCCAGAUACCAGCCGAAUGGAACACCAAGGACAGGAAGCCCAAAGCUGAGGUUGUGCGCAUAUACAUCUCCUAUCUGGUGUCUCUGCUCUCCCUGCUCGGGAUCCAGUCGAGCCCGACGUCCAUGCCCACAGGCCUGGUCACCGCCUUCGCCUCGGAGCUGAGUCGAGCCGCCACCCCGUUGAGGGACAGGCAGGCUCGGGGCCUGCUCUAUCAGCGCACUACCAUCGCACAGCUCCAGGAGGCUGCCCCAGCGGUUGAUUGGCUGAGCAGCUUGGAAGCAACUUUUCAUCCCAUCCAGCUCAACAAAUCAGAUGUCAUCUUCGUGCACGACUUCCCUUACCUCAUCAGUAUGUCUCGGAGUGUCAGCAACUGGUAUAAACUGGGGACCGUUCACUCUUACAUGAUUCUCAGCCUCCUCCAUACUGUCCUUCCUGCUCUGGAUUCCAGAUUCACUGAACUUCGGCUGAACCUGUCUAACGCCCUGGAAGACACAAGGGAGAGAGCCCCCCGCUGGCAGGAGUGUGUUUCACAGACGGAGAGGGUAUUUGAAUCGGCCCUGGGAGCGAUGUUCAUCGACCAAACUUUCACGGCACCGACACAGGAAGAGCAGGCAGAAGAUUUGAUCUCCAACAUCUACUCAUCCCUGAAGGCCAAACUUGUUGAUCUACAGUGGAAGGAUGCAGAGACCAAAUCCAUUGCUCUGGAAAAGAUUCAGUCUCUUCCUCCCAGGCUCGCUAAAUAUCCAGGAAUCCUAGAUAGGAGAAAAUUGAACGAGCAUUACUCUCAGGUGUCAGUCAGUGAGGAUGUCUAUUUCAUGAACUAUCUGCAAUCACUCUCAAUCUCACAGCAGAGGAAGAUGAGGCUGUUGUCGGGAGCAGUAGACACUGACAUGUUUUCCCUGAGUCCCGUGUCCGGCAGUCCCUCCCUGUGCCCCUCCGGAAUCGUCUUCCCGCCCGGAAUGUUUCACCAGCCUCUCUUUCACCCGGAUUACCCAAGAGCUGUCAACUACGGCGCAAUGGGGACAGCUGUGGCCAAAGGCAUUCUGCAUCUCCUCCUCAGCCACAUAGAGGGAGCGCUGAGCCCCGCUGCCUCCCCGCUGACGCUGACCGAGUGCCUGAUGCUGCAGUUCCGCAACUCGUCACGGGAGGGCGACAGAUCCAGCUUCCAGGUCACGUCAGAGGAGCAGUGGCUCUUGCACAUGGCCUUCGAGGUUUCCUUCCAGGCCUAUGCUCAAUGGUUGCUGAGUGCACCAGGUGAUUUCUCUCUCUCUGGCCUGAGUCACACGCAGCUCUUCUUCACCAGCUUUGCUCAGAUGCUGUGCAGCUCCGACAGUGACCUCUCUAUUCCUGACUCCUCCUUCCUGGUGAACUCCGUGUGCGCGAACUCUGACCUUUGCUCCCAGAAACUGGGCUGUUCCCCAGACUCCCCACUCAAUCCCCGAAAAAAGUGCUGACCGUGUUCCGUGCGUUGCCUUUUCCACUCUCUGUCUGCUAACGACAACAUAGGGGGUUACUGCUGCACAGACAAGCAGGGGGAGCCUCAGGGUUUGUUGAUCUCAUGGGAGACUACAUUUCCCAGGGGAAUGUGCAAACAAUGAUGCAUGAUGGGAUUUCCCUUACACACACAGACCUACAGUACACAGCCUUCUUCAGCUGCACGAAGGGGGUCAAUUGCUGUGCCUUUCCAGUUGUAAAAUUGAUUUGGAACCUCAGAUGAUACUAUACAUGUAGCUUUUGAGUAUAUUUUUUAUUGCUUCAUUUUGUACAUGGCAAUUAGACCUGUAUAUUUGCACUAUGUAUUUUUACAAAAUUAUGUAUAUAAACAUCUGUGCAGAACUACAUUUCCCAUGAGAAGCUAUAGCAUGUGUGUAAAAGUGAAUGCUGCCACUAUUGCAUCAGGAGAAGUAUGACACAUUCAGCUUUGGGAGUAAGGAAAAAGUAAUGCACUGGAUUUGGACUGCAUUCCCCAUCUGCCAUAGUUGUAAGCACACUGUGUUGAUGAAAAGGAAUACCUUUGCAAUGCCUUAUGGGAAAUGUAGUUAUUUUUUAAAAGCUCAUCCUUGAAUUAGUGUUAUACCGUGUUUUCAUGGGUGUUGAAUGUGCCAUGCACCAGAGAAGUACAUAAUAAAACAGAACCAGCUUUGAAAAUCUUGUCUUUUAUUUGGCUGCUGGUGCAUAACGGUUGUUUGGCGGAUGAGGUGGGUCCCA